CUCUUAACUAAAUCGCCGACCGCUCCGAUUUAAUCGAUUCGAACUCUGGAAGAUCCCAGCUCUCGUUCUCCGCGGACUGGGGAGUUUCUCAGCCUUCUCCCAGCCUGUCCCCGCCUUCAAAAAGAAAACCUUUGCCUGCGUUAGACGGUCCGGUUUAGCGUAAAGUCCUGUAUCUGAAUAUCCCGGAGCUGUGCGGGACAACGCGAACUGUGGGGAGCGGCCGGGGCGAGGGGGGCAUCGGUCUCAGCACUUCUUGUGCGCUGCUGGCGGAUGUUGGUGAUGCCGGCGGGGAUGUUCAGCAUCGACAACAUUUUAUCCGGAGCGAGGUCCCACUGUAAAGACUCGGCGACCCUCCACGGCGCUCCGCUGCAGGCAUACCCUGGCAUGGCCGGGGACACGGUGUGUGCCAAUGGAGAGUACCUGGGGCUCUAUUCUCCGGCCGUCGCCCCUCCGCCUCCUCCUCCUCCACCAGCGCCGACCCCUCAGCAUCCCAGCCUGGCGGUCGGGGGUCCGAGGAUGGGCUACAAUUAUUACUACGUCCCCGGGUUGGAAGGGGCUGCAUCAGCAUACCUCUCCCCGGUGGCCCCCCAAGUGUUGCCCUAUGUGAGUCUGGGUGCUCUGUCCCGCACUGAGCUCCAACUACUGAACCAGCUCCACUGCAGAAGGAAGCGCCGUCACCGAACCAUCUUCACGGACGAGCAGCUGGAAGCCUUGGAGAACCUCUUUCAGGAAACCAAGUACCCAGAUGUGGGCACCAGGGAACAGCUGGCUCGGAGGGUCCAUCUCCGCGAAGAGAAAGUGGAGGUCUGGUUUAAAAACCGUCGAGCCAAAUGGAGGAGACAGAAGAGAUCGUCCUCAGAGGAAUCGGACACCCAGAAAUGGAUUAAAACCUCGAAACCCACCCCAGCUGCAAAGGCUUUAAGGGAAGAGACAGCUGGAGCCCCAGAGAGUGAGCUGGACUCCGACAGCUGA